UCCGCCAGGUGCGGUGCAGGGUACAGGCCUGGGCGGCGGGAACGAGCGCCCGGCGGAGCUGCUGCUGCCGGACCAGCCCGGGCCGCCCAUCUGCCUCCCGCCGCGCUCUCAGGCGCCGAGAACUACAGCUCCCAGCAUGCCGUGAACCUGACAGCCAAGGCACUGGGGCGGGGUCCGGCCCUCCUCCGGCCCGCCCCGCUCCCCAAGCCGGCCCCAGCCGCUCUCUCGGCCGCGCGCCGAGCGGGGACGCGAGCCAUGGAGGAGGCGUCGCCCUCGCUGCUGGGUUGCAACAAGCCGCACCUGGAGAAGCUGACCCUCGGCAUCACCCGCAUCCUAGAAUCUUCCCCAGGCGUGACAAAGGUGACCAUCACAGAAAAAGUACCUGCUGAACGUCAUAUGGUUUCUUCAUGGGAACAAAAAAAUAACUGUGUGAUGCCUGAGGAUAUGAGGAACUUCUACCUGAUGACCAAUGGCUUCCACAUGACUUGGAGUGUGAAGUUGGAUGAGCACAUCAUUCCAUUGGGCAGCAUGGCAAUUAACAGCAUCUCAAAACUGACUCAACUCACCCAGUCUUCCAUGUAUUCACUUCCUAAUGCACCAACUCUGGCAGACCUGGAUGACGAUACCCAUGAAGCCAGUGAGGACCAGCCAGAGAAGCCUCACUUUGACUCUCGCAGUGUGAUAUUUGAGCUGGAUUCAUGCAAUGGGAAUGGGAAGGUUUGCCUUGUCUACAAGAGUGGGAAACCAGGAUUAGCGCAGGACACUGAGAUCUGGUUCCUGGACAGAGCAUUAUACUGGCAUUUUCUCACAGAUACCUUUACUGCCUAUUAUCGCUUGCUUAUCACCCACCUGGGCCUGCCCCAGUGGCAGUAUGCCUUCACCAGCUAUGGCAUUAGCCCACAGGCCAAGCAAUGGUUCAGCAUGUAUAAACCCAUCACCUACAACACAGACCUGCUCACAGAAGAGACCGACUCCUUUGUGAACAAGCUGGAUCCCAGCAAAGUGUUUAAGAGCAAGAACAAGACCUUAAUUCCAAAAAAGAAAGGGCCUAUGCAGCCUUCAGGUGGCCAGAAAGGGCCUUCAGGCCCCUCCACCUCUAGAUCUUCCUCUGGCUCUGGAACCCCUGUCCGGAAAUGAGCACCCCAUCUCCAGUCCCCCACCAGCCCUGCAGUGGUGAUGUCCAUGCACAGAUGGCCCCGGAGGUGGCUGCAACCACAGAUUCUUUGUAUGGAACCAUAGGCGUCUUCCUAUCUGAGUGACCAAAAUCCUAGGCCUUUUCCUCCCUCUGACAGGAGUUGGAAGGGCACACAGAGGUCUCCCCAAGAGUCCUUCUUUCAUAACCAUCACAGCUGGUUGUGCUAUCCCCUGCUUCCAGAAGCACUGGGUAAGUUGGGUUGUGUAAGUGGCCACAUAAAUCUGUUGAGAACUUUCCUGUUUCCACACCCAACCAUCAGUCCCUUAGCAGUGAUCUGAAAUCCCCCAAAGAAACCGCUGGUUCUGACCCAUGAGAAUGGUUCAAUCGGUAGUCACUUGUGGCUAUUUAAACUUAAAUUUAUAUGAAAAUUUUUCAUUUGCAUUAGCCACAUUUUGAGUAUUCAUGUGGCCAGCAGAUUCCUUCUGGGAACAUUUCCAUCAUUUCCUCAGAAUGUUCUGUUGGACAAUACUGCAUUAGAAUAUUUCCAUACUCUCCUCAGACCAAUUUUGUUGUUAGAUAAUGUUGAUGCCUUAAUUUGAUGAGUCAUAAUAUUCCAUGAAGACUCUUGAAGAUACAGUUGUAUGUUCUUUAUAUUGAUUGCCACUAAUAUACCUCGCUCUGCUCAUUUCUUUACAGUUUCCUAUAAAGUUUUCUGCUUCCAGCUUUGUAUUGUGAUGUUUGCACAUUUGUGAAAAUUAUCUUAUUUUUUUAAAGAAGAGGUGUACUUCUGUUGUACUUUAUUCUGACCACUUAAGAACAAAAAAACUCCCAAACAUUGCAGGACUCAUAAAGAGUUUUGAUGAAACCAGCCACUGUUAAUAAAAGCCACAGAUUCUUUGUAUGGAACCAUAGGCGUCUUCCUAUCUGAUUGACCACCUUCUCUGCCUAUUCACACUUCUGAGUUGUCCACCUCCACCCUGUGUGGUCCCUGACCAUCUUUAAGACAAGCAGUCCCUGCUUAGACCAGGGUGGAAUUCCAAGAGCUCGUUUGUAAGUAAGUUGCCUGUAGUUCAGAAGUCAUUUUUCCAUAGACACAUAGGUACUAGAGGUACUAGACCUCUAGCCAGUCCACAUAUGCCUCAUAUUUGAUAAAAGAUAAAUCUGAAAUUACCUACUACCUCUAAAGGAAUUUCUGUAGAGAAGGUUGCUCAGGUUUUAAAUUAGGAAUGCAACCCUGGCAGUGGGCAGAAGCAAGGCUUUCACUGUACUUCCCAGCAGGGAAAGUAUGGAGUCACCCACCCAGGCCCAAGGACCUUGGGUGGCUGCAGUUUUUGUACUGAAGUCCCAGAGGGUGGAGAACGAAGAGUUCUGAGGAGUGAAAUGCCUGGACCACCUGCACACUUCAGUCCUAACUGGCUUGUGCUGUUUCCUGAUCUCUCUCUGCCACCAUGAGAAGGAGGCUUCCUUCCUUUGCACUGCCUGUAUCUGCUAAUCAACCCAGGGUUUCUCUCUUCCGUGACCCACUGGGGAAGCUAAAAGCAGUCCCCAGGAUUCUUCACCUGCAUUUUUGCUCUGAAACCAUUUUGAUUAUUUAGGAAGUUUUAAAAUUUGUUUUGGUUGUUGACUAUAGGGAUAGAUAUUUAUGAAAAAGAGGCUUUAAAUCUUCCCUCCACUUACUCCGGCCCCUCAGAAAAACCAAGGUGAAUAGUUGGCCUUUGAGGAUCAGGGCAACCUAGCUGGCUGCUUCUCCAUUUUUGUAAUGCUUGAAAGUCUUGAAAUAUUAGUGCUCAAAAGUUUUGGGGAGCAUAAACUGAGCUCCAUGUUAAUAGCUUAUUCAGUUGCUUUAAAAUGUGUGUACAUCAACCAUUCUGAUUCUCUUCUAAUGGAAAAUGUUUAAAAGAGCAACACUCCUUAUCUUUGCAAUCCCAAAACGAACCACUUACAAUUCAGCCUGGUCAUCUAAACAUUUCUGUGUGUGUGUUUUAACCAUGACAUGACUAUGUCAAAUCUUCCCUAAUUUAGGAGACAUCUUGGCCCUUUUAUUAGCACCACAUCCUAACCAACUGAGCUAACUGGCCAGCUGUUAUUUUGGCCUUUUUAAUUGCUUAGGUUAUUAUAAUUUUAACAUUUAUAAUCAUGUAAAAAUUCAUGGAGUGACAGAAAAGGAUAGAGAGUUAAGGACAGCAUCUGGAGUUUAGUCUUCCAAAAGUAUUUUUCUGGCCAGAGCUGAUCAAAAGGAGAACCAACAGCACCAGAUAAAUUUUAGCAUUUGGCUGCUUCUCCAAAACAAGUCAAGGUUAGAAGGGGAUUGAGAAAUCACGUCAUCUUCCAUUACAGCAGAUAUUCUUUCUUUAGUAUUGUGGAGCUCCUGAAUUACUUCUAAAUCAGUCGUGGUCCAGUUCUAGAUUCACGCGAAGCAGCAGAGGAACCAGGAGAGCAAUGGUGCCCUUCAAAUCAGUGGGAGUCCUCUAAAAAGUUGUUGAAGAAGGGGAGUUAUAAGGAAAAGCUUAAGACCUGCCUCAGAAGGAGCAGAGCAGUGAAAAGCAGGGCCAGCCAGCUACAUAAUCUGCAAGACCCAGUGCAAAAGGAAGAUGUGGGGCCAUUUAUUCAAAAUCAGGAAGACAAUACCAUUGAAGGUAGUAAAAUAUUAUGUUCUUCUCUUCCAUGUUCUCACAACUGUUGUGAUGAGGUUUUUUUUAUUUGCUAGUUAUUCUAAGUAAAGAAAAAUUAAAAUGUUUAA